AUGGGAGUGCUCCCUGCAACGUUGGCUACCUUGGCUCACCUCAUCUACCAACGAUCUCGACUCAUCUCUUUGCACCGGCGAGCUUGGGCUAACCUUACCUCGACGGAGACCGCCACAGAUGCUCAAGCAAUCAGGUUAAUUGUCAAAGCCGACACAUACCCUCUCAAAAGACCGUUUACCCAUCCCUCCAUCCUGUUUGACGCCAAAGAAGCAGCUGAUAUUGACCUUGAUACUCUCUUUAACCUUGCCCUUUCAGAUGGACAAGCUGCAAAAGAUGAAAUGCAAGGGGUGAUUGUUUAUGAUUAUGAAUUGAAUAUUGGGUGGGGAAAAUCGGUUUCCCUAACUUCUCAAUCACUCCCUGCUCCUCCUCCAGGACAAAUGGCCAUCAGGAGUAAAGAGGGUGCCACUGUAAUCUUGUCUGGUCCAUCUGGUCCUCCUCUUACUUCUGUCCCAAGUCAGAAUUCUGAGUUGGUUAUUAUUCCCAAUGUACCAGAUGAUAAAGGUCUUACUGGAAGUAGCUCAGAUUUGAGAUACGAUUAUGGAAAGUUGUAUGCAUUGGAUGGAGCUACCCAUGCGACAUGUGAAGUAUUGGCUGCAUACUUGUUGAAUAAUUUACGGUUUGUUUUCUUUACCAGAGCAUAUGGUUCAGAGAGCCAACAUCCAUGGAGUUGUAGCAUACAUAUGGCUAUAGACUUGGAAGCCAUGGGCGAUGGUGGAGCAUCUGCUAUUUUUCAGGCGGGUCCGAACCCAUGGGCGAUUGAGAACUAUGCAUUGGUAGCAAAAUACCCCUCUGGUCAAAUUCUUGCUCAGGAUCUUUUUACAUUAGGUGUCAUACAAUCUGCUACUGAUUUUCAAGUUUACAAAGAGGUUGCUGGUCUUUCAGGUAUUGACUUUGCUUAUCCAGACAAUACAGCUGUAUAUCACAGAAAGAAUGACAAGUUGAAACUUUUAAAACCGGGUUCCCUUCAACACCUUGGAGAAAACAUGCUUGCUUUUCUUCUUCACUCUGCUUCAUCUUCUCAACUCACUAAAAUGGCAUCCAAUGACAGAAAUCAACAUGAUCCCGCCAUAUAUUUUGAUAUUUUGAGGAGCAUCUUAAUGUAUCAUCUCACAUCUCCUGAUGGAACAGUUUCAUUCCAGUUUCAGCACAAUGUUUGUGGGAGAUCAAUUUAUGCAGAGGGUGCUAUUGAUGCUGCACUUUUUCUCGCUAAGAAGCCUUUGCUAAUCCAAUGUCGCUUGUUUAAUGAGGGUUUUGCUGUAAAAGGCACUCUUCUUGUCAAUGAGAGGGUAAAAUUUAUGAUAUUUCUUGCAACACUUAUGCCAUGA